AUGGCCAAGUUUGGCCUCUUCAACAAGGAGGACCACUGCCGGCGAUGUGGCCGGUUUGUGUGCAGCAAAUGCUCGUCUGCCAAAGUGAAGCUUGCAGGCCACGAGAAACAUGUCCGUGUGUGUAGGCCCUGCGUCGACAUUCUCCAUGAGCUGGAGACACGGCAACAACAACAACAACAACAAUCGCAGCAACAGCACCAACAACAACAGCCAGGGCAAGACCAGCAGCAGCAGCAGCAGCAGCACUUGGCGCAUCGGCAGCCGCCAGUGGCAAAUGUGCAUCCACCAGAAGGGCCUCCCCCACAGUACUCUGAGAUUGAGCAUCUGCCUCGAUGGUAUCGACAACAGGUCUUCCCGGAAGUUCAGGAGGAAGAAGUUCGCGUGGCCGAGUACCCGGAGUCAGUGCCGGUGCAUGCUGAUGAGCGGGGACUGCCGCGUUGGCUGGCAGCUCAAUAUGAAGAACCGCAGCAUCCACAGCAGCGUGAUCAGCAACACAGCGUCCACGGCACAGAGGGCAUAGCUGUUGGAGGCGAUGGUGGUAUUCCAGCAACUCGGCCGUCACAUCAACAAGUGGCUGGGGCCACAACCAGUGGUUCCCAGCACGACGACAUCACAGCAGCGCUGCGGGCCCUCUCUGUGCCAACAGAGGAACCGUCCAUGCCCAAACCAACAAAUCCAAACGACGAUGUAACAGCGGAUACCAAUCCCGCAGAGAGCAAUUCCACCAAACGCAGCACUGACCAAGACACGCCCUCAACCCGCCCCAAUGAGGAAGGCAAAGAAGACAAACAAAGGCAACAAGAAGAGAACUACUCCCUCUCAACUCUGCGAGCAAAACAUGCGCAGGUGUUUGGGAAGCAGCAAGCAGUCGAUCCUCACAGCAUCACGCCCGCGCGUUUGGCACAGAAGUAUGAAGCCAUCUUCGGUGCUGAUCCUCGAAAGCCCGCGUCCCGGGCAGAGCUGAUGCGGCGAUUCGAGGCCGUGACGGGGCGCCCGCUGUACACACAUGCGGCAGACGCGGCCGGGUGUCGCGCGCCCUCGUGGCCGCAGCAGGCAGAGGGGAUGAGUGAUGACGAGCUGGCGGACAUGCUGCUGCAAGAGGCAAAGGACCAGCUCUCCUUAGAGGCCGACGACGACGAUGACGGUGAUGAGGAGGACCGGCGGCUGGACGCGUUGGCGCGCGAUCUCGUGGCUGCAGAGGAGGAAAAGAGCACACACAAACGUGGUGACGACGACAGCGGUGAUGGUGCUGGUGAUAGCGACAACGACAAUGGCGGUGGAGAUGACGAUGAUGAGUUGGAUCGGGUGUUGUCGGAUUUGAAGCGGCAACACGACGCAGCUGCUCGCGACCUCUCCCCGACAGCCAUCGCCUCUCUCCUCCACGACGCGCAAGCCAUGGUCAAGGAGGCGACCACGGAGGAGCAAAGCAAUGCAGUGCAGCCAGAGCACGCGCACAAUGAUAAUGGGAGCGUGCGCAUACGAGAGGAUGACGAUGGAGACGCAGAUGCCAGGGACAGUUCCGAAGACAACGGGGUCGGAGAUGACGCGUGGGGGGCAGCGGUGGAUGAUGGCACAAAGGAGGGGCUGUACGCGUACAUGCGGCUGCACCCUUUGAUGUGGCCAUUCAUGCAUCCGCUGGACAUGGCGGUGGUGCCGGAGAUCCAAACGGCAUACGCAGACACGCCCGCAGACAUGGUUGCCAUCAGGCGCAAGCUCGAUGCAGGCGCAUACGCAUCACGUGAAGAGCUGCAGGAGGACAUGGACAAGAUGCUUGAUGGUGCCGUCCGAUUCCACGGAUCGACGUCUGUGUUUGGGCGAUAUGCAGCGCAGUUGCUGCAGCACUUGCACACACACUAUCACAAGCACCCAUCGUAA